UCACGAGAGAGAUUGGAAUAUAAUCCUUCUCUAUUUUUUCAACCAUCUAAUUCACAUCAACUACGGCACUUGCUGUCACUGUGGUAAAAAGAUAUUUUUAUUUUAAGUUUUAAAAUAAAAUAAGAUCAAUAAAAAAUAUAUUUUUAGGUGAUGUAAAUUUAUGGAAAUAGAACUUCAAGUAAAAUAUGACACAAAUAGAAAACCAACUGAAAAAAGAGGCAUCUGCUGUCGCUAUCACACACCUCCACUCGAUAAACAUUCUCCAAAAUUACCAUUUUACUAUCCACACAAACAGAAAAAAACGCCAAAAAUUGAAAAAACCCAAACCCAAAACUAGAAAAAGCAAAGAGAAAAUAACAGACAAAUUAAGCAGAAAAAUUUUCAUAAAAGACAAACCAAUCCCUUCCAACUCUUUUACUCUCAAGGCCUACCUCCCAUUCUCCACACUUACUUCACUUCACCGCCAUUAAUGGCAUCUCCAAUUUCUAUGAAACCAUGAAUAUGUCAUCUGGGCCACCACCGGAACAGCCACCCCAACAGCAAGAACCGCCGUCAAAGCCACCACAAGUUGUCCGUAAACUUGUUGUUGAAAUUCUUGACGCAAGGAAUUUACUACCGAAAGAUGGGCAAGGGAGUUCGAGUCCGUAUGUAGCUGUGGAUUUUGAUGGUCAGAAGAAGCGGACUUCGACUGUUGUUAGAAAUCUUAACCCGGAAUGGAACGAGGGUUUGGAGUUCAUUGUUACGGAUCCGAGGACGAUGGAGUUUGAGGAGCUGGAUAUUGAGGUUUUCAAUGAUAAGAAGUUGAGUAAUGGGAAUGCGAGGAAGAAUCAUUUUUUAGGGAGAGUGAAGUUGUAUGGGAGUCAAUUUGCGAGGAGGGGGGAAGAGGGGUUGAUUUAUUUUCCAUUGGAGAAGAAGAGUGUGUUUAGUUGGAUUAGAGGUGAGUUGGGUUUGAAGAUUUAUUACUAUGAUGAAUUGGUGCAGGAAGAAGAACCGCCGCCUCCGCAACCGGAGCAACAGCAACAGCAGCCGCAGCAGCAGCAACAGCCGGACCAAGAAGUGAAGAAGAACCCUGUUUUUGUUGUUAUGGAAGAUCCUAGACAGAGGAUGAUGCUUGAAGUUCCUAUGCCUUCGGAGGUUGCCAUGGAAGCGAUGGAACAAUCUCCACCUAUUGUAACGAUUGAGGAAUCUCCUCCACCGAUGAAUAUGCCACCGGAACAACAACAGCAGCAGCAACAGUUUAGUCACAGGCAUGAGGAGGGUCCGGGUCCAGCUCCAGGUCCACAAAUGAUGAGUGGUCCACCGAUGAUGAAUGUUCCACCACCUGAGUACCCACCACCGGAGGUGAAGAGGAUGCAAGCAGCUCGAGCUGGUGAAAGAGUGAGAGUAAUGAGACGUCCAAACGGAGACUAUUCACCUAGAGUAAUUUCCGGGAAAGUCGUCGGAGAGUCGGAAAGAAUCUCGGCUUUCGACCUCGUCGAACCAAUGCAGUAUCUAUUCGUUAGAAUUGUGAAAGCUAGAGGUCUUGCUCCGAGUGAAAGCCCAUUCGUAAAGAUCCGAACAUCAAACCAUUUCGUCCGGUCGAAACCAGCGAUUAUCCGGCCAGGCGAGCCGUUAUCGAAUCCAGAAUGGCAGCAAGUGUUCGCACUAGGCCACAACAAGCAAGAAGCUAGCAAUUCAACACUUGAAAUUUCAGUAUGGGAUAGCGCAUCAGAUCAUUUUCUUGGCGGAGUUUGUUUCGACCUCUCUGAUGUACCAGUUAGAGAUCCACCAGAUAGUCCUCUUGCUCCUCAGUGGUAUCAUCUCGAAGGUGGUGCCGAUGACCAACAUAAAGUCUCCGGGGAUAUUCAACUCUCUGUCUGGAUUGGAACUCAAGCAGAUGAUGCGUUUCCUGAAUCGUGCAGCUCCGAUGCACCGUAUGUUGCCCACACUCGUUCAAAAGUUUAUCAAUCACCGAAGUUGUGGUAUCUAAGAAUCACGGUGAUUGAAGCUCAGGAUCUUCAUAUAGCUCCAAAUCUACCGCCAUUGACCGCUCCGGAGGUAAGAGUAAAAGCUCAGCUAGGUUUUCAAUCCGUUAGAACUCGACGAGGGUCCAUGAAUCAUCACAGUUCCGUGUUCCACUGGAACGAAGAUUUGAUCUUCGUAGCCGGUGAGCCACUUGAAGAUAGCCUAAUCUUGCUAGUGGAAGACCGGACGACGAAGGAUCCAGUGCUUCUUGGGCACAUUAUGAUUCCAGUGAGCUCAAUUGAGCAACGACUCGAUGAGCGACUCGUGCCAGCUAAGUGGUUCGGAUUGGAAGGUGGACCAGGUGGGGCUUACUGUGGAAGGCUACACUUGAGGAUGUGCUUAGAAGGAGGAUAUCACGUGCUUGAUGAAGCAGCGCACGUGUGUAGCGAUUUUAGGCCCACGGCUAAGCAGCUAUGGAAGCCUGCUGUUGGCAUUUUGGAGCUGGGGAUUCUUGGAGCUCGCGGGUUGUUACCCUUGAAAUCCAAGGGUCCAGGGAAAGGAUCCACGGAUGCGUACUGUGUUGCCAAAUACGGUAAGAAAUGGGUUCGAACUCGGACCAUAACCGAUACCUUUGAUCCGCGUUGGAACGAGCAGUACACGUGGCAAGUAUACGAUCCGUGUACAGUUCUUACAAUUGGAGUAUUCGACAAUUGGCGUAUGUUUGCUGAUGGUGGUGAUGAUAAGCCUGAUUAUCGUAUAGGAAAAGUACGUAUACGAGUCUCUACUUUAGAGAAUAACAAAGUGUACACAAAUUCCUAUCCAUUGUUGGUUCUGUUGCGGUCUGGGUUGAAGAAAAUGGGUGAAAUUGAGGUAGCAAUUCGAUUUGUUUGCCCAUCGUUGUUACCAGAAACAUGUGCUGUUUAUGGGCAGCCAGUGUUACCCAAAAUGCAUUAUCUACGCCCACUUGGGGUGGCUCAACAAGAGGCAUUGAGAGGAGCAGCUAUCAAAAUGGUUGCAGCAUGGUUAGCUCGAUCCGAGCCACCAUUGGGACCUGAGGUAGUUCGGUACAUGUUGGAUGCGGAUUCUCACACAUGGAGCAUGAGGAAGAGUAAGGCUAAUUGGUUUCGGAUUGUAGCCGUGUUAGCUUGGGCUGUUGGUUUAGCAAAAUGGUUGGAUAACAUUAGGAGAUGGAGAAAUCCAGUAACAACCAUCCUAGUCCAUGUUCUAUACUUGGUGCUUGUUUGGUAUCCCGAUUUGAUUGUCCCCACCGGGUUUCUAUACGUCUUCUUGAUUGGUGUAUGGUAUUAUCGGUUCAGGCCUAAAAUACCCGCGGGUAUGGACACCCGAAUCUCCCAAUCAGAAACCGUAGACCCGGAUGAAUUGGACGAGGAAUUCGACACAAUACCAAGUUCAAAGCCACCCGAAAUAAUUCGGAUGCGGUACGACAGAUUGAGAAUAUUAGCAGCAAGGGUCCAAACAGUUUUAGGUGAUUUUGCAACCCAGGGAGAAAGGGUCCAAGCGUUGGUAAGCUGGAGGGACCCAAGGGCGACGAAAUUGUUCAUAAUCGUGUGCCUAAUUAUAACCAUAGUGCUAUAUGCAGUGCCACCAAAAAUGGUAGCAGUGGCCCUAGGAUUCUACUUCCUGCGCCAUCCCAUGUUCAGGGACCCAAUGCCACCAGCCACUUUGAAUUUCUUUAGGAGACUUCCAAGUUUAUCUGACCGUUUGAUGUAGUACACACAGUCACUACAGUCAUCUGAUUAAAUAAAAAAUUAGUCAACAAUUAUUUUUCUGGCGCUAAAGAGAGCUAGCUAGUGUGUGAAAAUCUCCUUUUUUUCCACGAUGCCUGAAAAGGUGUUGGGGGGGUUUCAUUACAACAUGGGAAGAAGUGAAAAGUGUAGGGUGAAAGGGCUAAGUGGGGAUGAUUGACUAACUGUUGGAAUAAGUAAAAAAAAAAGAGCCAUUGGGCCGGAAGACUAAUGGAGUGCGAGAUUAAAGGGCGUAGAUUUUUACAAGGACAAGAUUAUUUUUUGAUGUAAUUUUUGUCGUCGAAAGUAUUGACAUUGGUUUCUAUUCCACAAAUAUAAAAAUGAAAGAUAAUGAUGUCUUUCUUUUACUGCA